GCUGGGGAUUCCUUCCCGUACCGUUUCUAUGGCUGAAGGCAACUGGACAAGAGUUGGUGCAUUUAUCCUCACGAGUUUCUCUUCCCUCCCUCCUGGAGUACAGUCCUUUCUCUUCCUGACAUUUCUGUCCGUCUACCUGGUCACCCUGAUGGGGAACGGCCUCAUCAUCCUGGUUACCUGGGCUGACCCCAUGCUGCACAGCCCCAUGUACUUCUUCCUCCGGAACUUGUCCUUCUUGGAGAUUGGCUUCAACCUGGCCAUUGUGCCCAAGAUGCUGGGGACCCUGAUGGCCCAGGACACAGCCAUCUCCUUUCUUGGCUGUGCCGCUCAGAUGUAUUUCUUCUUCUUCUUUGGGGUUUCGGAAUGCUUCCUCCUGGCCACCAUGGCCUAUGACCGCUAUGUAGCCAUCUGCCAUCCCUUGCGCUACCCGGUCAUCAUGAACCCAAGGACCCGGGCCAAACUGGCUGUUGCCUCCUGGUUGCCAGGCGUUCCUGUAGCUACGGUGCAGACCACGUGGCUCUUCAGCUUUCCAUUCUGUGGCACCAACAAGGUGAACCACUUCUUCUGUGACAGCCCACCGGUGCUCAGGCUGGUCUGUGCGGACACAGCAUUCUUUGAGAUCUAUGCAAUCGUUGGAACCGUUCUCGUUGUCAUGAUACCCUGCCUGCUGAUCCUGUGCUCCUACACUUGCAUUGCCGCUGCCAUCGUCAAGAUUCCGUCGGCCAAAGGGAGGCACAAAGCCUUCUCUACCUGCUCCUCCCAUCUUCUUGUUGUCUCCCUUUUCUAUGUAUCUUCAAGCCUCACCUACUUCCGGCCCAAGUCCACUAAUUCCCCUGAAAGCAAGAAGGUGCUGUCCCUGUCCUACACUGUUGUGACUCCCAUGUUGAACCCCAUCAUCUACAGCCUGAGAAAUAAUGAGGUCAAGAAUGCUCUUGGCCGGACCUUCCGCAAGGCCCUAGACCUUAAGAAGCUGCAUCCCAUAGACAUUAAGAAAUAAGACCAAAGUUUAUUAAAUGAAGGACAGUCUGUUUCAUAUUUGGGACUCCU